AUGACCGUUGCCGUGCUUCUGCAGUGCGUGGUGGUCGUGGCGAGCGCCGUCGCAAGCGGGUUCGGACUGCGGCCUUUGCGCCCUCAACCACCGCCGAUAAGCGGCAUCCUGAACCUCUACAAGUCCCCAGGAAUGACCUCGAAUGAUGCCUGCCAGAUUGUUAAGCGGAUACUCACGGACGGGCUGCGGGAGCGGAUGGCGACACCAAGACGCCCUAAAAUAAAGGUGGGGCACGGGGGCACUCUGGACAUGCACGCCGAAGGCGUGCUCGCCAUCGGCGUGGGCAGCGCAACUAAGUUGCUAUCCUUCUACCUCAAGGGUAGUAAAACGUACGAGGCGACUGGGGUGCUGGGAUACGAAACCAAUACGCUCGAUUCCCAUGGGGAGACGGUCAAGGAAGCGCCUUGGCAGCACGUUACUGACGCCGACCUAGACAGCGCCAUCCAGUCGAUGCAGGGGCCGUAUGACCAAGUGCCGCCGCUGUACAGCUGUAGGUUAGGCAGUUGGGCGAUUAAUCAUGAAACAGCGAAAAAGCACUGCGGCAGGAGCCUGCGGGAUUAUGCAAUCCGAAGCCUGCCAGUGGAGGUCAAGUCGUCACUGGUCACAGUGCACAGCAUCGAGAGGAUACGCGUCCCUGGUGCAGAGCUCCCUCGGUUCGCGUUAAGGGUCACCGGCUCAGGCGGCACCUACGUGCGCAGCCUCAUCCGAGACAUCGCAUACAAACUGAACACGCUUGGCACGCUGCAGUCCCUGGUGAGAACCGCCAAGUGUGACCUGACGGUGGACGAUGCGCUGCGCAUCGACAGCCUGGACUACGACACCAUAGUGCAGAACCUCAGAACGCAAAAUUUGUCAUAA